AUGAAUGGACAUAAGAAGUGCUUGAUUUAUGGAUCAAAUUGUAUAUCUUACAGGGAGCUGACACUGUUUUGGAGUAAACUUCUAAUACGGCUCGAAUCAAAACAGGCCUUUUUGGAGCAAUGCAGACUGUUAGCAUGCCUCGCUGUGAGUGUGUACCAUAUUCUGCUCCUCAUCAAAGUCAUUCAGGCUGAGGAUGAGAAAAAUGGACUCUCAGUGUGCAUCGAAAUGUGUAUUCAAGCACUAAAAAUGGGAGUUCAUGAUAAUGAGGGCUGUAAUAUCACUAUCUGCAAAACAAUCUCUUGUUUGCUGCCUUUGGAUUUGGAAGUAAAACAGGCUUGUCAACUCACUGAGUUCCUGACAAAUCCGUCUUUGGACUCUUACUAUGCUGUUGAGACUCUUUUUAAUGAGCCUGACCAAAAGCUUGAGCAGGAGGAUCCACCAAUUUUGAACUCACUACGCUGUGACCUGUUGUUGGCCUUAAAGACGAAGUGGCCUUUUGAUCCUGAGUUCUGGGACUGGAAAACUCUAAAACGUCAAUGCCUUGCUUUGAUGGGUCAGGAGGCAACAGCUAUAUUGUCUACUGACAAAUGUACUGACAGUGAAGACAAUGAAGUCCAUAACCAUGAUGAAAAAUAUUUUCAAGAUCUACAUUUUACCAAUAGUCCUACCUACGAACUCAGUGAAGUUGAAGCAGAAAGAAAGAAGAAAAGGGAAAUGAAGAAGAUGAGAGAGAUGGGAUUUGUUUCUGCUCGAUUCCGCAAUUGGCAAGCUUAUAUGCAGUAUUGUGUUUUGUGUGAUAAAGAGUUCCUCGGACACAGGAUUGUGAAGCAUGCAUUGAAGCAUGUUCAAGAUGGGAUUUUCCGUUGCCCAAUAUGUGCUAAAACAUUUGAAACUAGGGUAGUUCUAGAGCCUCAUGUGGCAUCUCAUGUGAAACAGUCAUGUAAGGAACGCCUUGCUGCUAUGGGUGUAAGCAAGAAACGUACCAGUAUUGACACCAAGUUGACAGCAGCUAGCAGUGCCGUGAAAAAAGAAGAGCACGACAGCAAAACUGCUGUUGAAGUUAGCAAAGGGACAGUUUGCAAUAAUAAAAGUGUAUAUGCUUCAAACUGUAGUCCCAGCGCAAAAGUCAAAAGUAAAAUUAAAGUGUCAUCCCCCAAACAGGGCAACCCUAUCCGUGAUGUUAACAACACUGAAUGUUGUUCAUGCCCUGUUACCAGUUGUCAAAAAAUUUUCAAGUACUUCAGGAAUUUGGUUGCACAUGUUAAGGCCCACAAAAAUGAGCAGGAAGCAAUACAUUUCCUAGAAAUACAGAGCCAGAAGGCUUUUUGCCAGUAUUGUCACCGUCAGUUUGUUAAUUUGACCCAUCUUAAUGAUCACUUACAGUUGCAUUGUGGUGAGAAGCCGUAUUUUUGCAUUCAGCUUGGAUGUCAUUUCAGCUUUUCCUCUCAUGCUGAGCUUCAGAUACACAGAAAAGUACAUGCUGAAUUUCAGGCACAGUGUGCAUAUCCAAACUGUGAGAGAAUAUUCAACGAGACAUACUUGCUGUAUGAUCAUGAGGCACAGCACUACAUAACGUUUUCCUGCAAAAGCCAAAACUGUGACAAGGUGUUCUACACUCUGUCUGAGCUAGAUCUGCAUCAGAAAGGACAUGCAAAGAAGAAAGGCCACUCUGCUGUUGAUGGGGCU